AUUGUGUGCCACGGCUGCAGUAGCGGCCACGACGCGCUCCGUGAUACGCUGCAUCCACUCCAUAUAGACUCAGUGCAACAAGACGCACACAAUACUGUAGUGUUCAGAGCAAACCGGACAAGAGAUGCCGCCCAAGAACAAAAACAAGAGCGCAAACUCCAACGACAAACCAGCUGUUAGUCCUCAGGAUGAUGCGUCGAAGAAAAUCCCCAAACUCAGUAAAGCAGAAACUUCUCCAAACUCCAGAUCGAGCUCAGGAAAGCUCACAAAAGUUCUGUCUGCCCUGUCUUACCUGGUUUUAGUGUCCGGAGCCGCUUUUGCCUCCUUCUAUCUCCAAAGGGUGCUGACUGAAGUGCACCAGAUCCGCGCAGAGGGUGAAGAAGCUCUGCAGAAAAACUCCAAGGUGCUGCAGAAAGUAGAAAAUGCUCUCCAACAGGUGAAUUCUAUGCAGCUUUCUCUGGAGGGUCUGGAGGCUGCAGUGGGACGUACUCAGGCUGAACUGGAAAGCACUAAUCGAGCAUUAACUAAGGGAGAAACAGAGACACGGAGGGUUGAGGAAGUGCUCCAGAAACUCCAGAACGAAAUCCUUCGCGACCUCUCUGAGGGCAUCUGGGAAGUGAAACAGGCACGGGAGCAUGAUUUCUCCUCCCUUGAGAAAACUCUGGAGGUGCGUCUGGCUGAACUGAGCCGCUCUAUCGCUGACAGUGUAGCCGAGUUCACUGGUGCUCAGGAAGAAGCUCAAGCCCAGCUCAGUAAACUGAAAAUCCAACUGAAAGAACACAAUGAGCCUGGUAAUCUCAAAGAUGAGCUUUUGUCCAUUACCACUGCUGUGGCUGGCCUCCACACUGCAAACGAGGUGGCAGAGGGCAACAUAGGUGUUCUCAGAGAACAGAUCGUGUCAGUCAGUUCAGAGCUGCAAACGAGGAACAACGAAAUGGCAUCCUUGUCUGAGGAAAUUGAGUCAGUUAGGUCUCUAGUGCAGACCACUGCUGGCUCACUGAAGCAGGAUGUAUCUGCAUCACAAGCCAUUGUGCAGGCCAUGUCUGACCGGAUCCAGAAUGUGGUGGAUGAACAGCUUCACACCAGCCAGGCCCUUCAGAACCUCCAGACAGACCUGAGAGGAGAACUGUCUAAAACUGAGACAAGGGCAGAUGACCUGGAGUCCAAGCUGAAGGUCACAGAAGAAAGUAUAGAAGCUUUAGCAAACUCAGCUACAGAGCAGGCAAGCCGGGUUGAGGCCUUUCUCUCCAAAUAUGAUUCUCAUGAGAGCUCAUUAGCUUCCCAGAGCCAGGAGGCUGAGAAGGCGAGGCAGGCACUCAAAGAAGAGCUGGGGGGAUUAAGAAGUAGCCUCGGCGAGCUCCAGGCCAGCAUAGAAGCUUUGGCUGACACUAAUACCAGGUUAGAAGCAGACGAAGAAAGGAUGGAUGAUGAUGUAGAAGCCGAAACCUUGGAAGAGGCAGUAAUACAAACCGAGGAGCUACAAAAUGACGAGCCGGAGAAUGUUGGUCAGAAAGAAGACGAAGCAGCAGAAGAGGUAGCUGCAGAGGAAGCAGUUGAGGAAGUGGAAAUAACAGAGGAGGUAGCUGAGGAAGAGGAAGCAAUCGAGGACGUAGUUGAGGAAGAGGAAGCAAAUGAGGAGGUAGUUGAGGAAGACUCAGUAACAGAAGAGACCGUUGAAGACAACCCAGUAACAGACGAGUUAGAUCAGGAGAAGACUGGAGUUGAGGAAGUGUCACUUGAGGAAGAGGACAGGCAGUGAGUAAUGCAAUCUAUAGUUGAAACCUGUAGGGGGUAAAAUAUGAUAUAGGAAAAGGACAGUCAAUGGACUGUAAUUCUGUGAAUCUAAAAAUAUACUUCCUGCACUGUUUUUUCUUCAUGGACUUAUUUUCAUAUGGACAUUUUCCAAUCUCAGCUGCUCUUAAUGUUUUGAAUGUGUCAAGAGUGUUCAGUUUUCCAGUAAAAUAUUUAAAACAUAAAAA